CACGGCUGCGACUUUAGGACCCGGGAGUACGGGGGCGCGCCCGCGGCUCGUUUCCUCCGGCGCGAGACCUGGGAGACCGUGUGCCACCCCCCAGGAAUGCGCGUGCGGCCGUAGCCAUGGUAACGGGGCAGCCUCGCGCGCCCUCCGCGGAAGGGGAGGAAGGGGGGUUCCUCGUCCCCCGGAGGGCCACCCGAGCGUCACAUGAUGCUUGCACGAGGGAAUCAAGGCUGCAGCCCCUCCCUCGCGCGCGCGCCCCAGAGCCGCCGCGAGCCCGAGUCCGAGGCGGCUCCCCCCUCCCUGAGCCUCAGUUUUCGCAUCGGCCCCUUGGAAGCACUGGCGCGGGGUGCCACCUCCCCGGAGUCCCCCUCUGCUGCUGGCUAACACCCGAGGCGUGGGUGCGAGCGGCCGGAUGACCCCGCGGCGCCCCCCCACCCCCAGGCCGGCUCGCCAUGGCCCUCUUCGCGACCCUCCUCCUAGCGCUGCUGGCGGGCGCUCGCGCCGAGCUCCCCGGCUGCAAGAUCCGCAUCACGUCCCAGGCGCUGGAGCUGGUGAAGCAGGAGGGGCUGCGCUUUCUGGAGCAAGAGCUGGAGACCAUCACCAUCCCCGACCUGCGGGGCCGAGAGGGACACUUCUACUACAACAUCUCCGAGGUGAAGGUCACGGACCUGCAGCUGACGUCCUCGGAGCUGCACUUCCAGCCCACGCAGGAGCUGCUGCUGCAGAUCACCAACGCCUCGCUGGGGCUGCGCUUCCGCAGGCAGCUGCUCUACUGGUUCCUCUAUGAUGGGGGCUACAUCAACGCUUCUGCCGAGGGCCUGUCCAUCCGCACUGGUCUGCAGCUCUCCAGGGAUGCCACUGGCCGGAUCCGGGUGUCCAAUGUCUCCUGCCAGGCCUCUGUCGCCAGGAUGCACGCGGCCUUCGGGGGCACCUUCAGGAAGGUGUACGAAUUCCUCUCCUCAUUCAUCACCUCCGGGAUGCGCUUCCUCCUCAACCAACAGAUCUGCCCGGUGCUCUUCCAUGCCGGCACGGUGCUGCUCAACUCCCUCCUGGAAACGGUGCCUGUGCACAGUCCCGUGGACAAGCACGUGGGCAUCGACUACUCCCUCCUGAAGGACCCGGUGGUCUCCGUCAGCAAUCUGGACAUGGAUUUCCGGGGCUCCUUCUACCCACUGUCCGAGGAGACCUGGCGCCUGCGUAACCAGGCCGUGGAGCCGCAGCUGCAGGAGGAGGAGCGCAUGGUGUACGUGGCCUUCUCUGAGCACUUCUUCGACUCGGCCCUGGAGAGCUACUUCCGGGCAGGGGCCUUGAAGCUGUCGCUGGUGGGGGACAAGGUGCCCCAUGACCUGGACAUGCUGCUGAGGGCGUCCUACAUUGGAAGCAUCGUCCUGCUGACCCCUGCAGUGAUCGACUCCCCGCUGAAGCUGGAGCUGCGGGUCUCCGAGCCCCCGCGCUGCACCAUCAAGCCGACGGGCACCACCGUCGCGGUCACGGCCACCGUCACCAUCGCCUUGGUCCCACCCAACCAGACCGAGGUCCAGCUGUCCAGCAUGAUCAUGGACGCGCGGCUCAGUGCCAAGAUGGCCCUGCGCGGGAAGGCCCUGCGCACGCAGCUGGACCUGCGCAGGUUCCGAAUCUACUCGAACCAGUCUACACUGGAGUCGCUGGCCCUCAUCCCGCUGCAGGCGCCGCUCAAGACCAUGCUGCAGAUCGGGGUGAUGCCCAUGCUGAAUGAGCGGACGUGGCGUGGGGUGCAGAUCCCCCUCCCCGAGGGCAUCAACUUUGUCCACGAGGUGGUGAAGAACCAUGCGGGCUACCUGACCAUCGGGGCUGACCUCCACUUUGCCAAAGGGCUACGAGAGGUGAUCGAGAAGAACCGGCCCGCUGGCCCCAGGGGCCCCAGGACCACCAGUACCGCCAGUACCUUACCACCCUCUGCGGCCGCUGCCUGAGCCCUCCCCGGCCCUGGGCAGCCACAUCAGUCGGGACUGCAGUUCCUCCCUAUUCACCUCCUCACCAGUCCCCGGGGCCACGGAGGAGAAGACAGAGGCUUAACCUGGACCCAAUUUAAUUCCAUAAUCACAGUCUGGCCAGCCGGCCACCCAGUCCGGCCGUCUCCUUCCCUGGGGCUGUCCUGAGCUACUGUCCUCCUGGGACUCUUCAGUGUGUUCUAGAAGCAGGAGGCGAGGGGGGGGGGGUGGGGGUCAGCCCCUG